GCUGUCAGUGCUGUCAUCUGUAUCUGUCAUUGUCACUCAAACUUAAAAAGUUAAUGUGUUAUUUAUAUUUUUUUUAUUAAUCUUAGAAGCUAUGGAGGCAAUCCUUUCGAAAUUGCUUGUACCCAACAGCAAAACAAUUCAAGAGGGCACCAAAGAACUGAAAGAAGCUUUCAAAACACAGGAAGCUAUUCCGGCUCUCUGCGAUGUGUUAGUGACUUCUUCACAUCCCCAAAUUAGACAAUCUGCAGCUGUUCUUUUGAGGCGGAAACUUGGAAGAAAACGUCAGUGGAGUAAAUUGAAUUUAGAUAUUAGAACCAGGAUAAAACAAGGGAUGCUUCAAGCACUAGUCAACGAACAAGAAAAAAUAGUUAAAAAUUCAAUUGCACAGUUCAUUGGUAUAAUAGGAAAACAUGAAUUUCCAGAUAAUUCAUGGCCAGAAGUAUUACAGUAUAUUCAUAACCUAACUAGCAGUGAAACAAUUUUGGAUAAAGAGCUGGGAAUGUAUACCCUAUCAAUCAUGACAGAAGUAGCUCAAAGUUCUUUUAUAGUUCAUGCCGAAUCGUUUGCAAUUUUGUUUACAAAUAUGUUGAAUCAGUUGCCGGAGCUGAAAUCAGAUUUAGCGUAUUACACGGUAAUGACUAUGAAAAAUUUAGUUCCUGUGAUAGGAGGGCACCAACAUAUGAUAAAUGUUUAUCAUUCAUUACUGCCAAAAAUUUUGGAAAUAAUCAAUAGUUCCGCCCAAGAGGAAGAGAAGAAAACAUGUGACAUGCUAGAAAUAAUAGAGGAACUUAUAGAAUUUGCGGUAUCUGUUGUAGUACCGCAUGUUAGACUCUUGAUAGAAAUGUGCCUUCAACUAGCUAGUAAUAAUUCUAUGCCUAAAAGUAUUCAAAUCAAAUCUAUAAGUGUUGUUGGCUGGCUGAUUCGUUCCAAGGGAAAGUAUUGA